UAUUCUUUUUUUCCCUCCCGUAAAACCGCGGUGAUCAUGUGUCAGAGGAGCCUGCAGCGGUCGGCACGGAGCUCGGGGAAAUGGUGAGAUGCUGCAGAUCUUAUAAUAGCCAUCGGUCUUGCUACAACCUGCACAGAGUUAGGUCUGAUGUGCGCCGGCUGCGGCCGCUGGGCUCCGGGGCCUCGGGGGAACGGGGGGGUAGCGCCAGGGGAGGCCGCUACGACGCUGCCCCGGGGGGCCCCCACCCCAGCCACAGGACCAGAUUCAGGUUGCAGUUCCCCCAGUUGGCCUUGCGGCGGCGCCUGGGCCAGCUGAGCUGCAUGUCCCGCCCUGCCUUGCGGCUGCGCUCAUGGCCGCUCUCCUUCCUCUACUACUUUCUGCCCUUCGGGGCUCUCAAGCCCCUGGCCAAGGUGGGCUGGCGUCCAACCAGCAGGGUCGCUCUGUAUAAGUCCAUCCCGACCCGCCUGCUGUCCCGUGCCUGGGGCCGGCUGAACCAGGUGGACCUGCCCACCUGGCUGAGGAAGCCCGUCUACAGCCUAUACAUCUGGACCUUCGGGGUGAACAUGAAGGAGGCGGCGGUGGAGGACCUGCACCACUACAGGAACCUCAGCGAGUUCUUCCGGCGGAAACUCAAGCCACAGGCCCGGCCCGUGUGCGACUCGCACUGCGUGAUAAGCCCCGCAGAUGGCAAAAUCCUACACUUCGGAAGGGUGCGUAACUGCGAGGUGGAGCAGGUGAAGGGUGUGACUUACUCCCUGGAGACCUUCCUGGGACCGCAGACCUGGGCCGAGAGCUUGGGCCUCAAUAAGAAUGAGGAGGACUCUACAUCCUUCCAGGACCUGCUCGUCACCAAGGAGGGGAACGAGCUGUUCCACUGCGUGGUGUACCUGGCGCCCGGGGACUACCACUGCUUCCACUCGCCCACCGACUGGAGGGUCGCCCACCGACGGCACUUCCCCGGCUCUCUGAUGUCAGUAAACCCCGGGGUGGCGCGCUGGAUUAAGGAGCUCUUCUGUCACAACGAGCGCGUGGUUCUGAGCGGGGAGUGGACACACGGCUUCUUCUCCCUCACCGCCGUGGGGGCCACCAACGUGGGCUCCAUCCGCAUCUACUUCGACAAGGAGCUGCACACGAACAGCCCCCGCUACAGUAAAGGCUCCUACAACGACUUCAGCUACGUGUCCAACAACAACCGGGAGGGCGUGAGCAUGCGCAAGGGCGAGCACCUGGGCGAGUUCAACCUGGGCUCCACCAUCGUGCUGCUGUUCGAGGCGCCGCGGGACUUCACCUUCAAUCUCAAGCCGGGCCAGAAGAUCCGCUUCGGAGAGGCCCUGGGGACCAUGUGAGGGGGGGGGGGGGGGGGGUGGAGCCAAGGAACGGACACGCCAACGGCCAAUCAGGCCGAGGCACUCGAGCUCCCUCUCACAGGGAUGCACACACACACAAACACAAGUGCACACACAACAUGACCAACACACACACAUGCAUACACACAUGUGCACAAAAUGACAGACACACACAGACACACUUAUGCUCAUCCACAUACAUGUGUGCUGAAGACGUGAGCUAAAAGCUAAAAACAAUGACAGAUCCACAGCAAAGACUCACACGCCCGCCACUGUUGCGUUACUACCAUGGGGUCUCCCCACCCAUUCCUAAAGGUUUUAUAUUUAUCAUUGUUUUAUUCACACUUCCGCAUCAAGAGACAAAAGCAGUGUACAUAAACCAGAAAGAGGUAAUUUGGCACGUUUAGAUUUUGCAUAAAAUGCCAAGUAGCUUUGUUGUUUUGUUCUGUUUCUGUUGUUUUUUUUUUUGUUUUUUUGUCACCCAUAAUGCCUUUGUCAGGAGUUACUUUCUUUGUGAAGGAGGCUUUCUGAGACUGUUGACGCAUUUAGCGUGGCACA